AUGUCUGCGGGUAGCUUGGACUGUGCAGAGGGAAAUGCCCUGACCAAGUUACAGCCUACUAAAGUGAACAAUUUAAGUAUGAUGGACAAAAAACUGAAUGUCUUGAAUGAAAAGAUGGACAAACUGUUGCAUUUUCAAGAAGAUCUGACAGACAAACUGCAGCGAGUUAACAAAGGCAUUGAUGAUGUAGAAAAAGGCAUUACCAAGCUGACGGUAUCUCGAGCAGCUCCUGAUGGGACAGAUGCGAUGCAAAAAGGCCUAAAGCUAUCGGACAGUGCUCACCAGACUGAUAUCCAGAGCAUAUGCUCAGAAGUGCUGAAAUUGGUGAAAGCUGCCCAGCUGGAUGCCUCUAAGCAUAAGGAGAGGCUGGCAAAGAUAGAGAAAAGGGUUGAUACACUGGAUAAAGUUAUUACAUUUGUGGGAGAAGUAUUAAAAAAUUCUAAAGUAGUGGAUUUUAUUCUCAAAGGCAUUGUGCCCUGGAAGAAGGGGAGUCUGCUGGAAAUCCUUGCUGAGGCCAAAGAUAAGCCUGAGGAGAGUGGUGCGAAACCUAAGCAUGUGUUUAGUAACAGAGGAACCCAAACUGAAAGCAAGAAGGCUCUGGAAGAGACAAAAAGUGGGAAAAAACUGGAUGAAGACAAGGGAGCGUGUGAGAAGGGGAAUGCUUCUAGUGCUGAAGCCCACAAAGCUGACUCCAAACCCCAAGUUAAAGGGAGGACAGUGCAGCAGCAAGCUGUUGAAGAUCAUGCAGGCAACCAAAAUGUUCCUGCUAAAGGACAUGAUACGGAGAGAGCCCCACGCCUAGAUGAGUGCCACAGGCAACUUGUUCAUCAGAAACCCAGAGAGAAUGAAAACAAACCUCCACCGUGCAGUGCGGCAUCCUGGGAAGCUGUGCCCACCACAUCCCAGGCUAUAUCUGACACAGGGUGUGAAGUGACACAUACCAGGAUAUCUAUCAAUGUACAUAUGACUGAAAUGAAAGAAAAGAUUGAGAUGACCAAGGAAGGAAACUUAAAUGAUCACAGGGAUAAAAGUCCCAAACUAAAACCCCCAUCCUCCACACCAGCAGAAGUGGAAGGAUCUGAACAACUGCCUGACAAAUCAAAACCUAAAACUAAAAACAUCAAUGCUGAGCCAAAUCAAGAGGUGAAAGGGGACAAUAAGCAAAAUAAACUUGCAUCUCAAACAGGGAAGCAACAACCAUUGCUGAGCAAGCCCAAACCAGGUGAAAAGGCAGAAGCAAAAUCAGAAUUAAAAUGCAAGCCUGUAACCUCCCAGAACACCUCUGCAAAGGAGCCUACGAAAGAUCUGGGAGUAGAAGUGAAAAUCCAUCGAGCAACAGCAAAAGCAGAAGAAGCCCCAGCAGAUACCAGUGCUGAGAGGAGAGCAUCUGAGACUGCAGCUUCAGGGGGAAGUGAAAAUGGUGCCUGUCAGUGUACGGGAGUGACACCAGAGAAGACCAAGGCACUGGGUGCUAGCAAAGAGCUUCCCACGCAGGAUGAAAUGAUCAUUGAUGACAGCCCUUCUCCUCCGGCUCCUUUCGAACAUCGCAUGGUGAGUGUCAAGCAAACAGAGGUGACAACAUCCUACUCCGUGUGUCGUCAUGAAGUACUGGGGGGGGGGCGUUUUGGGCAAGUUCACAAGUGCACGGAAAUAUCAACUGGUCUCAACCUGGCAGCCAAAAUCAUAAAAGUGAAAGGAGCAAAAGAGCGGGAGGAAGUGAAAAAUGAAAUUAAUGUCAUGAACCAUAUAAAUCAUGUGAAUCUGAUCCAGCUUUAUGAUGCUUUUGAAGCAAAAAAUAACAUCACUCUGAUCAUGGAAUAUCUUGAUGGUGGUGAAUUAUUUGACCGGAUCACAGAUGAAAACUACAGUCUAACCGAGUUGGAUGCGAUCCUAUUUACCAAACAGAUUUGUGAAGGAGUCCACUACUUGCACCAGCAUUAUAUUCUUCAUUUAGAUCUGAAGCCUGAAAACAUCCUAUGUGUAAGUCGCACAGGAAACCAGAUUAAAAUAAUUGACUUUGGAUUAGCAAGGAGGUACAAACCUCGUGAGAAACUGAAGGUUAAUUUUGGAACUCCGGAGUUCUUGGCUCCUGAAGUGGUGAACUAUGACUUUGUUUCCUUCCCAACAGACAUGUGGAGUGUAGGCGUCAUCACGUAUAUGUUACUUAGUGGCCUGUCCCCAUUCCUGGGAGAAACUGAUGCAGAGACAAUGAAUUAUGUGGUCAAUUGCAGCUGGGAUUUUGAUGCAGAAGCAUUUGAACAGCUAUCGGAGGAAGCGAAAGACUUUAUUUCCAGAUUGCUUGUGAAGGAGAAAAGCUGCCGGAUGAGCGCAACACAGUGUCUGAAGCAUGAGUGGUUGAACAAUCUGCCUGCCAAAGCCAAGAAGUUCAAGCUUCGCCUGAAGUCCCAGCUGUUGCUGCAGAGUUACAUGGCUCACAGAAAAUGGAAGAAACAUUUUUAUGUGGUGGCUGCUGCCAACAGGCUGAAGAGAUUUCAGAGUAUGUCUGUCAAGCUUGCAUGA